UACAGCCAUGACCACCACAGCCUGUCUUGAAGACACGCCUAUAAGAAAGUCUGCUCAAAGAUCUCUACUGCCAUCUAGUGUACAAAGGAGAGACUGUGGGUUGACAGGUGCGGACAACCCUGUGCAACACAUGGAUAUAUGGUGCAUAGGAAGGAAUAGUGAUGUGGGAGGCUCCGUAGAAAACAGCUGAUGGCCAAUUACUGGAUAAACUUAAGGAGCCAUGAUGAAUGGCAUCCUACUAAGCGGAUCUCAGAGAAUUGCUGGGAAAGAGGACAUACAGUGUGACUUGGAUAUGAAUCUGCUUUGCUGGGGUAGUGGGGACCUUGGCCAGACUGGCCAUGGCAGGCCAGGGGACAUCGGUCCAGAGGAGGCCCAUCUGAGAGACUUCACAGUGGCAAGGCUGGGCAGAGCGAAGCUCCUGGCAUGUGGAUCCAGUCACUCCAUUGUGGUUACAGUGGACAACAAGAUCUUUGCAUGGGGGAAUGGCACCAGUGGACAGCUGGGUGACGGAGAGAAGGCAGUAAAGGACCAGCCAGUCGAGGUUAAUUUGCCACAGGAACUGAACGUUGAAGGAAGCAACGCAGAUGUGGAUGUCGUCGACAUUGUUGGUGUGGCCUGUGGGAGCAGACACUCCUUCAUAUGGACUGAAACUGGGCGGGCCUACAGUUUUGGGAACAACUUCUACGCCCAGCUAGGCUAUGACAUCCAGAGGCUUGACUUCAAAGACCACCAGCUGGCACCACGUUUGUUCCAGAAUCUCCCAUCCUCUCUGAAAAUAUCUCAAGUGGCCUGCGGAGAGCGACACACUCUGUUUGCGCUGGAGGACGGCAGUGUGGCGGCAUGUGGGCAGAAUGAUUAUGGACAAAUUGGCAGUGGUUCUGAGGAAAAUGUGGUCAUCCCUCGGUUUGUGGAGGGUGUGGACCAUGUGUCGAAAGUCACCUGUGGGGCAAACCACAAUCUUGCACUUACAGGUGACGGCAGGUUGUUUCAGUGGGGAUGUGGACGAGCAUGUGGGAACAGAAAAAGGAACAUCCUAUCCCCAGAGGAAGUGAUGCCACCAAGCUCGCCAGUGAGAGACAUUGCUGGCGGAUGUUGGCAUAGCCUGCUUCUAACAGGCUCUCUGGGUCGAUGUAAGCAGUGGUCUUGGCAGUGGCCCUCCAUCUUCUUAUCCCAGUGGGGAGCACUCUGCAGCCAAACCCAACCUGGGCUUCACAGCCUUCGAUAA